AUGCAACGUCCCCGGGCCGCCUCAUCAUCUCCUCCGGCCUCUCGUGCUCGCAUGACCUAUACUGUCGAGGCUCCCGAGACGUUCCUAAUUCAGCAACGACAGCGAUUCGCGCGCGCUAUGAGGAGGGAGCAAGAGCAUCUGAUUCCUAGGGCUGUGAUUGACGACAUGGCUCCGCUUUCGCCAGCGACCAUAACGCGUUUGUUGGAAGCACAAGAUCCGGAUGCAACCCUGCAGGAGAUAGAAAGGAGGCUGGAACGAGAAGCUAUGGAGUUGCGCGCAAGAACAGGCCAACCUCAACCGGUGUAUCCGCCUAUACAAUAUCCGCUACCACCAGCUUUGCAAGCCGUUGUCGAAGCGGGAGCGUUGCUGGAUUUUCCAGAGCUACCAACGUCCAACGAGGAAUACCCGCUUCCACCGAUCCGUCGCCGACACCGUAUCAACGUCCCGCUGGUGAUCGAUAACCAUACAGUGCCGUUAGUGCUGCAGAUCGAGCUUGAAGCGGAGGAACGUCCAAAUCAGCUGAUGGACGUAGAUCGAAACGAUCAAGCCAAUCCAGAGGGCCGAGGCGAGGAGAAUGCGGAAAAUGCCGAAAAUGUCGGACGAAAUCCCCGGGCUAUCCCCGGAGAGACUGUUCAACAAGUGCAAGAUGCUGCAAUUGAGACAACUCGAGAUAUGGCUACUCGUCUUGGUGAUUUGCUACAAUGGCUUGCCGAAAACAAUCGUCAUGAUAACGGCAAUCAAGUGGUCAAUGGAAUGAGUGCGUUAGUAAAUUUGAAUCGGCGUGGGAGCAAUUUUGUCGAUAGGCCUGGGGAGACAUAUGAUGAAGCCCGUGAGCGCGUUUUUGCCGAACUAGCUGCAAUGCGGGAGACUGUGGCGGCAAUGAGUGAGAGGCUGCUAGCCGCUUCUCGCCGGGUUCCAGAAGCUUCUGGCGAUGUUGCGAAGCACGCAUGGCACAGCUUUUUCCGAUGCCCAGAUUGCUCAUCUCCAUAUGGGCAAAACACACAGCCCUGCCUGGUCCGUGACGGAAAUUAUCUGAUUUUCUGCCGCGAUUGCAGCGUUCGCCGCUACCCGAAUGCCGUUGGAAAUGAACGGCAAAUGAUCUACCUGCAAGGAGAUAUCCCAUUUUAUCCAAGCCGCAAGCAACUUGAGUGUGCUGUUUGUUUCAUUGACUACAAUCUAACCACCCACCGUCCUUUGGUACUGUCGUGUGGACAUUUGCUAUGUACGAGUUGCUACACUCGACUCCAGAGUCUGCAAUGCCCUAUUUGCCGCUGUGAAGACCUGAAAUACUGCAGUGUAGUCGGCGACUAUGUCCAAAGCAUGCUAAAGGAGCUUCGACAAAUGAAGGCAUCGCAAGAAGAAAUCCAGAAAGAGUGGGAGCAGCUUACCACUGGCAUUUGUCAAUAUUGCACGCAUGAGACGCCAAAGGAUGAGCUCCAGAUGUGUACACGAUGCUUUGGACGGAUGUCAUGUCAGGAAUGUGCUCAACAACGACACGCCGGUCUUGGACAUGAGCUGAUUCGCUGCGCAGAGCUUCCACCCAUCGAAGAAAAUCCAGAUGCUUCAGAAGUUCCAUUAGAAGAUGUCAUCCCCCAUUCUUCUGCAGCCACGACUAAC